AUGCGCGUGACCAAGGGCUGUGCUCGCUGCCGCCAUCGUCACGCCCGCUGUGUGGUCCCCUCCGGAGCGUCAUCAUGCUCUCGCUGCUCGCGACUAGGUCGGCCAUGUCAUCUCGAGCCGCGCUUCCAUUUCAAGCCUGUGCGCUAUAUAUACCAGCAAUGCGAUAGUGCUUCAUCCCGCUUCGACCUCGUCUGGGAUGAACAGCAGGUUUGGGUUGGGGUUUCACGGCCAGUGACCUUCGUGGGCGAGACCGAUGACUUUGGACACGGGCCGUCAGAGCCGGACGAUAAUGAUCAGAGCUCUGAGACCCUUGAACAGGCAUAUUCGCCGCCAGGCGAUAGUCCACUGACACUUACAGAAGCCGUUGAAGUUGUUCCGGCUGAUACUCUUUCGAAUAAUUCCCCCAGCCAGGGGGCGAGUGAUGUCUCCACACCGUCCCCUCGAGAGGCAUACUUGAUCCGCUCCUAUAUCCAAAAGAUCGCAGCCGUGGCGGAUAUCUGCGACCCCCAGUCUCACUUCAGCACCGAGGUUCCUCGCCGAGCCCUCGACGAACCAAUGCUGCUAAAAGCUCUCCUCGCACUUGCAGCCAGACACGAUGCCAUAUUGACAAAUCACAAUGACUGCGAAGCAUCCACCUUUCACGGCGAGUGUCUACAACUGCUCAUCGUCGCGCUAAACCAACCAGAGGAAAGCUAUGACGACAAUCUCCUCAUCACCGUGGUUGUGCUCCGCUUCUACGAGGAACUUGAAAGGACAACCGACAGGAAAUGUCACCUCCUCGGGUCCAACCGCCUACUCAAUCUCAUGUCUCGGUCAGCUUCGUCCGGGGGAUUGGGUGAGGCAGUGAGUUGGCAGUUCUUGCGCCAGGCUAUCUACUCAUCUAUAGCCCAGUACGAACCAAUACAGCUGGACUUGCGGAAUUAUGAGCGUUCCUCGGUGUUUCAUCGUGAUGAUGAUGCGGCUCUCGCUAAUGCUAUUAUAUUUUUCUGCGCUUGUAUUGUUAAACUAUGUUGCUCUGUGCCGGGGUAUGCUAUUGACCGGAAAGACUGGCAGCAUCUGGCAGACUGCGUGGAGGAGUGGCAUAGUAACAAGCCAAGGAGUUGGCAACCACUUCGAUAUCAGCCCCCGAAUCUGUCCGCUGAUCAACCAUUUCCUGAGUUAUGGAUCAUGUCGCCCCCUGCAGUGGUUGGUUUGCAAUAUUACCAUGCCUCCAGAAUAUUCCUCACAUUAUCAGACGCUCCAUCCCAGCGAAUGACGGACUUUGAAAUGUCGCAAGCCCGACUCGUCGCAGAAAAAAAAGUUGCCAGCCACCUUGUAAUGGCCAUCGGACUUUCAAUAUCGAAUGAAAGUGUCCAAAACAGCUACUUCAUCGCCUCACAUUUGCUCCAACGCUUUGGAUAUUGCUUGCGACAGCCUGCUGAGCAGCAGGGAUCUCUGCAGUUUCUGUCACGCGUAGAGAAGAGCCUUGGGUGGCGGACCUCGUGGAUUGGACGAGAACUAGAGAGACAGUGGAAGGAGAGGGCCACCUUGAGCUCCGAGGUUUAUUGA